CUCAUCCAGCACUGGACUCCUCUCUCCUCUCCUCAGCUCCAUCUCUCUGGGUGAAAUCUCUUCUGCUAGAAUGAGGACUCUGUCUGCUCUGCUGAUGGUGCUGCUGCUCUGCUCUCUCCAGCAGGUCUGCAGUGGUACUGAAGGCAUCAGCAGCAUCCCAGAAAAGUGCUGUUUCAAGUUUAUGAAAGUGAAGAUCCCAUUAAGACGCAUCACAUCCUACAGCUGGACCAGCAGCAACUGCCCUAAAAAAGCUGUUAUCUUUUACACAGUGGCUGGUAAGGAAUGGUGUGCGGAUCCUAAAGCCUCUUGGGUUAAGGACAGCAUAAUGAAGCUAAACUCCUGAAGCUGACCACACUGACCACAUGAAGCGUAUUUCAUACAGUACAGAGUCUCUCUCUCUCUCUCUCUCUCUCUCUCUCUAUAUAUAUAUAUAUAUAUAUAUACACACACACACACUGUACAUAUCACUGUGAAAAAAAAUCUAAUAUAUUUUCAACAUAAAGGCCCUGAUCUACAUCAGCUACAUGAUCAUAGUCAUAUACACUCCCAUUCUCUUCACUAGGGAUGUUUUUCUUUGAGAGUGACUGUAUUUCCACAAAUGCGCAGUUUUCUUUCUUUAUUUUCUCUUGCAUAACAGUGUUACUCUAGAAGUGUGGAUGGUCCAAGAACAUUAUUUGGCAACUGGCUUAAAAAACAAAAAUCAUUCAUUUUUAAUACUUAAAGUCUCUUAAAAACAUAAAAAUAAAUUCAAGCAAAACUAGAAAGGGAAAAUUUAUGAACUUUAAAGUUUAAGGUGGCUUGACAAAGGCAGAUAAUAAUACUAUUUAAAAAGUUAAAGCAGGGGCACAGCAUGGUUCAAACAUUAAUUCUAGGUAGUUGCUAUGCUGUUGCUACAAAGUUGACACUGUGUUCCAUCUUGUUGCUAGGGCGUUGCUUAGUGGUUGUUAUGUGGUUCCAAAACUGUUGCUAGGCUGUUGCUAUGCUAUCCCAGGUGGUUGCUAAGGUGUUGCUGGCAUAGUUGUAGAAUGGUGACAUAAGAGGAUUUAGGCUGACUGUAGUGGAAUAAGAGGUAAAGCUAUUAGUACUGUAUAUUAUAUAAGGGGAACGGCUCAGUUUCAGGAUGUUGCACAUUCCUCACAUUCAUUCUUAUGGAAAAAUCAGUUUAAAAAGCACAAGCAACCAAUUCAGCUAUAGACUGUAAAGUUUUUUGAUUCAGGCUUGAAAGCUGUAGGAGGAGUAGUGAUGCAAAUUUUUGACCAUAGAACAAUAGCAAGAAAAGAAAACAAAGAACAGUAGAUGUUUCAUGUUGAGCUUUUCAUGCUAUUUGUCAGUGCUGAAUUUUGUCUAGGGUUAGUGAUUUAGUGUAUCUGUACUUUACUGAAGUAUUUCCAUUUUGGGCGACUUUUUACUUUCACUCCACUACAUUUCAAAGUCAAAUAUCUCACUUUUUACUCCACUACAUUAUGAGAAAUCUGUCCUUCCUUUUGUCUUAUGUGUGUAGAAAAAUGUAACAUGUCAAAAUGAAAGAAACGCAAAGCGAGAACACCAAUCAGGGCACAGAGGUCACUUUGUUUUGAGCUUGUUUUGACCUGUUGGUCAUACCGACCCAGUGCAGUACACGGUUCAGCGUCAGUGCAGCAGUGUAAAAUUUGGGAGAGUCUAUUCAACAUAAAUGAUGAACUAACCUAACUUUGUGUAA